UUUCAGCUUGUGGACAAGCAAAAUUAUUUCUAGCGGGGAAGAAGGCAGACACUGGCUGGAAGGAGUUUUUGCAAGGACACAUCCAUCAUCAUCAUUCUUCAUCUUGAUACGACCUCAGUAUCGUCGAUGUUUCCAGCAUGACGCUUAACGUCUAUAUCGCUUCUAUCACGGCAAAUACCGAGGUGCGCAAGCAGGUGCAGAAAGUUUUAAUGGUACUUGAUGGAUUAGGUGUUCCAUUUAAAGCGAUUGACAUAACAUUACGAGGUAACGAACAGUAUCGAGACUUCAUGCGACAAAAUGCCUUGAAUGAGCGGUGCGAUGGAGUUCCUUUACCGCCUCAGUUUUUCGUUGAUGACGAAUAUCUGGGAAAUUAUAUGGAUUUUGAAGAAGCAGUCGAAGAUAAUCAAUUACCAGAAUUUCUUCGCUUGAUACCUUCAUCAGCAGAAGAUGAGGACGAUGAUGAAGGGGAGGAUGAGGGAGAUGAAGAAGAGGGCACAAGUGAAGGUGAAAUAUCCGAGAAAUACAACGAUAAUUAUGGUGAAGAGGGGGAGGAUGAGCAAGAAUGGGAUGAGGAGGAACAGGUUGAUGAGCAAGUGGAGAAUGAUAGUGGCGAUGUAUCAAGUGGUUUGGGUAGUUCAAGUAAUGAAGAUGAUUCCGAAGGGAGUUCAGAAAACAAGGUAAUAAUAGGUAGUGAUAUCGAGGGAGAUAAGGUAAAGAGUGAAGAAAGGACGGAAGGGGAUGAUGAACAAUAUGAAGGGGAAAAGGAGUUGGAGGAUGAUGAGGUAGAGUUGGAGGAUGAGGAUUUUGAGGAUGAAAAUGAGAUUGAAUGACAAUGAUCAUUAUGUGAUGAACUUAGAUUACUCGCCUUAAAAUUCCUCUCGUAUUGUUGGCUGCUUUGCUUGUUCUCUGAUUUAAAUGCCAAGGUUAUGAAAUGAAUUCACCGGAGUAGUAGAAUGACGGUAAGAAAGUAUUUGGCCC